AUGCUUGGCGAUCCGAAUUCCCCUUCGCUGUCUUCUGAAGACCUUGCAAGACUCCCGCGUCCAAGCAUAACAUCUUGGAUGGCGGUUAACAAACCAAAGCUGAACGACCCAGAGCCUGCCCGUAUUGUAAGCGACAUCGCUGAGCCUACAACCGCGCAGUCUUCAGCAGCUGGUGCGUUGGCGACUAAUUCAAGGAUUCAAGCUGCGCAAUUAGAAUGGGAAAGAAGGAACCAGGGGCAAUCACAAUCACGACCUUCUACAGGACCACCGGGAGUUUCUUCACUGAGACCUCCUCAACAUCAUCGUAAGAGGGAAUCACCUUCUUCAGAUUCUUCAGCCGCGAAAAGGCAGAAUAAUGAGUCCUAUUCAACAGCCCGUGAAGGCGCACUUCGCUUUACGGAAGAAGAAGUGGCUCGGCAGAUGGCUGAAUUGAACGAUGCGUCGGUGAACUCAAUGAACUCGACGAUGCAUUUCGCAACUGGAAAUGAAUUACUCAAAAAGUAUGCGGGUCAAGCGACCCCAUCGCCAGUUCCGGUUCCAGUACCAGCAACAAAACCCCCAGCACCAUCGUUCAAGUCACCAGACACUAUGGCGGUUGGCGAUAGCAUUGUUGCAAUCACCAUUGCAGAGGGUGAUCGCCCGUACAGCAUGUACCCUCUCCCUUCGGGUGGAACGACUUCUGCUCGCGGAGCAGCUAUCCCGCCAAACUACAAAUUGCACGAUGAUCCUGCCCUUCCAUUUAUAUGUCCUGUGCGGGAUUGUCGCCGGGUGUUCAAGAACCUGAAAGGUCUUGGUGGCCACUUUGGUGCUGGCCAUUGUUCAUCUACCUUCAACGACAAUGGAGAUGGCACAUUGUCAAAGAUCGGCAACUAUCAGAAGAGUGGUCCUGGAAACACGCCUGGUAUCAUCAUUUCUAGAAACCCUCUUCCUCAUAACGCUCCACCUCCAGUAGAUCCAGGAUUGUCUGUGUUUGCCACCUUUCAGCAACAGCGCAUAUCUCGUGCCCAAGAACAACUGGCGAAAAGGCCAACUCGCUCUCACGAAACUCCAGUCUAUCCCCCUUCUCCGCUUUCGCUGUCGGGUAUCGAUAAAGAGAAGUACACUAUCAGAGGCUACAUCCACAAACAUCUCGAUCCAAGUCAAGAGGCAUUCCACCGGGAAGACAUCGAUUUCAUGUUGACAUUGCCUCGUCAGCGUGACCUUCCUCAUGGCUGGAGACAUGCCCACACUGGACAAACUCUGGAUAUUAAUCAUUAUGCUUGUGUGGUAGCUUACCUCGUGGGGAGAGGAGUGACUGGUAGCGAUCAAUGCACAGCCAACACAACUCGACCAUCUGCUAGGCUAUCACAGCCUUGCAUUGCCCUCCCGAAUGGGAUGAGUCCUUCUGCAAAGCAGGCAUUUUCGACGCUAGAGACUUGUGUUGGAUGCAGAUAUUGGUGUCAUUUACAACGACGUUCCAACGCAUGCGAUUGGUGCCCUUUCCCUAUGCCUCGUGUCAGAGCUACUGGCAGUGGUUCAGGAAGAUCAUCUUCGUCGGACGAUGAACCUACGACAAUGGAGAUUGCUGAGGUCGAGGCACCGAUUGUAGGAACUGUGACAGAGACUGUCUAUCAAAACAAGCAACCCAAGAGUGAUUUUUAUAAGCGCACAAAAGACCAGCCUGCAGUUGCCAUUGAAAAACAUGGGCACAGUUCCCCAGUCACUACAAACGACCAUCCUACAGUCAUGAGCGGACAAAGCCAGAUGGGCAACGCCGAAUUAGAGAUGGAGGAUUGGGAAGUUGCCCCUGGAAGAAUGAAGGAUGACUCUUCAAACAACAUCGCCUUCUCCAACUCCUACCUUACAAGCAACCACCCCGUUACGGUCUCUGAAGACGUCAGUUUUAACGUCAUCGUUCUCAAGCCUGGUCAUUCUAGUCCUUGGACUGUGGAAGACAACAAAUUGCGAACGUGCUCUGUCGCAGCAGGCAAAGUACGAGUCACAAUGGGCGAAAACACUUUCCACCUCGGGCCAAACGGCAUGUUUGUCAUUCGACCCGGACAAGCUUGCAAGGUCGAGAAUCGACUCUACUUGGAUUCCGUGGUGCACUGUACCACUAUUGGAGAUUUUUCGCUGCAAGCUCUUGCGAGCACAAAAUCUGAUGUAGAAUUGCAAAGACGCCGGGAGAAUUACAGGGCGUCUUACACUGAAGAUAUGGCUGCGGCAGGAGGCCUCGACUCACCCGAGCCAGAACUUAGCAACGACAGAGAUUCCAUCAAUGUCAACCCGGGAAGUCCGCCCGGUCAAUUGCCGCCGCUGAAUGAUUAUACUAUCAAGAAAAAUGAUAUCAAGGAGGAAGUCAUCGAUGAAUCGCCUACCGAACCGGAGGAGGUGAAGGAGGAACCUAAGGGAAGCUUUACUAUUGAUCCAGAGGGUGAACUUACUCACGAUCAAACCACCGUCGAUAUUGUUGCUGUUCCGUGUCCCGGGGCACAUUCUAUUCGAACAUGGAGUCGCGAUGGUCGAAUGGGUCGUUUCUUUGGUGCGUUGUCCAUGCGUGAUGCCGAAGGCCAAGCAGAAGAUGAUCGACCAGCGCCUUCAUGGAUUCGACAAGGCAUUCGACGUGAAGCUGAUCGAGCGCGGAUUCUUCUUUACGAGCAUCCAGCUACGGCUGACGGCACGAGAUUAAGCACGUUAGCAGAUGCGCUGCUGGAAGAGCUGGAGGAAUUAAGGAAACGAGAACAUCAGACAAGGCCGCUUGUGUUUGUGGGACACAGUAUUGGUGGAAUUAUUGCCAAGAUGGUUCUGACAAAAGCGAGUCGCCAUACUCGGUAUGAUGAUAUCUACAGGCAGUGUUAUGGAAUUGCGUUCUUUGGCACUCCUCACCAAGGAUCCAGCUACUUUGCGAUGCCGAGUCUAUCAACCAGUAUUCAGAAUUUACUUCAACUAUCAGCUCCUCUGCCCUGCUCAAUCACCGAUGACCUCCGCGUGGGAAACACUCUCCUUCUCCAACUCGACGAAGACUUCAAAUCGAUUGCACACGACUUCCGCAUAUGGACGCUGUAUGAGACCAUCGACUCUCGACUAUCCGGGACCAAUGGCGAUGUUUACUUCACUGCACCCCUGACAUCCAUCAAGUCUGCUAUCCUCGGUAUGCGACAGGAGACGAUUCUUCCACUUCAAAGCGAUCAUGCAAAUAUUGCAUCAUUCGGGAGGCACAAUGCCCAUACGAUGCGUUUGUUUCUGAAGCAGUUAUCUGCACUCAUUGGCCGUGCGGAUGAGUACUCUCGUGAGGAUGGUAACUGGUCUCUGGAUCUCGAACAAAAGGUCAACAUCGAAAUCCAUGGAUUUUUCGAGGAUGCACCAGAUCCAUUGAACCCGGCUAUUAUUCGAGCUUGGUCUACGAGGUUGCCAUUGCGGGAGUUCCUAAGAAAAGGACCAGAGGAGUGUUUGGCUGAGAGGUUGAAUGAAGUUGAGACGGUCGAUGAAGGGCGAUUUCUGAGGACAAGGGGUAAAACAGCCAGAUUACCGACAGAGAGAGUUGACAAGCCUGCUGCCGAUGACACGGGCAACAAUGCUCUCGGUAUCUCGCAGGAUGGAUCGUUCCAUGCGUCUCCCCCAGCUUCACCUAUUAUCCGCCCGCUUGAUGCCGACAAGGCGAGAGCAGAGUCAGCACCCCAAGUGAUAUCGAGAACUCCCAUCACACCAUUGUCACCAGUAGCAAUAUCACCACUGACACAUUACUCAACCCCAAUGCAACGACCGUCUCCUCUCAUCCGCGCCAACUUUGACCAGGACCUUGCAGUUGAUCGGUUAUCCCCACCUCCUCGCGGUCGAAUGGAUCGAACCCUUAGCAGAUCUGCCAGCCUAGGUACUCAAGCUUCUCAAUACGAAUAUCGAGACUUUCCCCCGUUUUCGCAACGAAGUCGAAGUACCAUUGAGGGUUUCAGCGACGACGACGAUAUCGAAGCAUCGCCUAAGCUACCAGAAGCUAUAGUGGCAAUUCGAAAGGUUGUUGAGGAUGGGGAGAAGAAAGUGACUGAAACUGUCAUUUUCGAUGAAGUUCCCGUUGCGUUUUCGAAACCUCAGGUUGAAGCGAGAAAGUUCAUUUGGGUGCAUCUUGCAUAUAAUAAUCCAAGCUGGGUGACAAAAAUAUUCGAGACGCUACAAAUAUCAAACCACCGCAACUAUGCUCCUUUGUUCAACAAUGACUUUUGGGCGACGAGACAUUCCCGUGGACGACACUCUCAGCAUUAUGCGUACUUUGCCAAGCCAGGUUGCUACUUCUCGGCUCCUCGCCACCUGUCUCCUCGAGGACGGAGCUCGAAACAAACUUCAAUGUCACCUAGAUCCGACGGCGGAAUCUAUACGUGCCUAUUCCUGCCGUAUCUUCACUUCGACUCAUACAAGCGACUCAUCCGCCGACGCGAACUUAUCCUUCAACGUCUGAACCAUGGAAGAGCUCGACCUGUACCUGAAUCUGUCGCUAAAUCCGACUCUCUCGAGGCGCAGGUUAUUUGGGAGUUUCUGGGCCAUGAUCCACCCCUGAACUGCCGACGAACCCUCGAUCAGUACGGGUAUCCUUCUCUCAGGGACACGAGAUCCCGAGACGACGACCAGAUGCUUUACAAGUUAACCAAGGAACGAAGCUUUGCUCCUGGAUUGGGCCCGGGACUUCAUGGGCAGAUGUCGAAUAGUAGCUCUGGAAGCAGCAAUAGCGGAAGCCGGGGAUCCAAGACAAGUAGCAAUGGGGACCACGAUGAAGAUCCAGAGGAGUCUAUACUGAACGGGAAUGUGCUGAUGGUUGACCAACUGUGGCUGUGGGCUAUCGACUCUCACACACUGCUAUCCUUCUUCCCCAAGCGCGAAGGAGAUGCCAUCGAAGGGCCGCUGUACCAGCAAGCAGAUCUCCGCGAUAGCAUAUUUAACGAAGUCAAUGUCGAUCUCACCCGGCAAUGCGAGAAUGCCUUGGAUUUAGCAGCUUUGGCGGUAUUACAUGCAGUGACCGUACUCCUCGACCGAGCAUCCCACCCCGAUCUCGAAGUAUUCCGAAUUUUCGAAGAAGCCAUCAGUGUUCUUACCGAAAAACUCACGAAUUCGCUCAAAGAAUUCCGCGCCGAGGGAUUUCGCGACAAGGCUUCUGCGUAUGAACCAGUCGAGAACAAAGCACGAUCCAUUCGAGCACGGCACAAAGCCGAAGGUCGUCGAGCGGAAGAAGACAACCGCGAUAAUACAUCCGCACUUUUGGAGUUGCGAGAUAUCGAGGAUGAACUUCUCAUUCUCGUGCACCUUUUCGAAAGACAAUCCAAAGUCGUCAGCUCAAUGCUUUCCACAUAUGCUCGCCCUGAACUUCGCGACCGCACCAUCAACGGCAGGGUCUUCCUUAGCGAAGCUCUCAAGAAGCUCUCCGAGUAUGGGCAACAAGGCCAAGAAAUGAUUGAGAGGGUCCGCAGUACGAGAGACGACUACGACAAACUCCUCCAGAUGGUCCAACGACAAGCACAGGUUGACGAGGUACGGCUGAGUAGACUUCACGCUGAUCUCGCAAGCGCGCAAAGUCGAAGCGUGAUGAUCUUCACCACUUUCACAGUCAUCUUCUUGCCGUUGACCUUCUUCACCGGUUUAUUCGGCAUGAACACCCAUGAAUGGGGUGGCGAGAACAACCUUAGCCUCAAGACCAUCGGCACAAUAUCCCUUCCAUCGAGUUUCGCCCUCAUCGUCAUUUCACUUGUCGCAGCCUGGAGCACAAGAGCCAGACUUGCUGUUAAGUGGCUCGUUCGUUUAUACCGCCGCGUUGUAUCUUGGAUUUGGAGAACGAUGUGCAAGCCUGUUGUUUCAGGCAUAGCGGAGAUGAUGCCUCAGCGUGAUGAACGGCAAAGAGAGGAGAGGGAUUCUAGAGGCAAGAAAGGAAUGUUGAGAGAGGAAAUGAGUGACUUUUGGGAAAGACAUAGGCUAGAGAGGGAUAGAGGAUAUACAGUGCCUGAGAAGAACAAGAAGACUACUAUUGGAGGGAAAGGCAGUUGGAGAGCGAAGAUGAAGUAG